AAGCACAACUUUGCCGAGGCCCAGCGAGAUCCAGGCGCGCGCGCCGGAGGAAAUAUAGUCCCUGCCGGCGGGCGGCGGCGGGCGGGCGCGCGCGGGGCUGCGCGGGGCUCCCGGCGCCGGGGGGCCAUGCGCCGGGCCGCGCCGGCAGCCCGGGGACCCGGCGCAACUUGCCGGGCAGCCUGAGGAGUUGGGCGGCCGCGGCGCCCGGCCGCCUUUCUUCCCCCUCGCCAGACCCCCCUCCCUUUCGGCCGUGGGGGAGUGGGCUCGCGGCCCCCCGGCCCGGAGACCCGGUGCGCGCCCGCCCGCUCCCGCCCCCGCGGAGCCGCGCAACUUCCCGGGAGCCGGGGCCAAAGUGAGCGAAAAGUGCUGCCCAAGUUCCCGGGAUGGAGCUGCAGAGCCGGCCCGAGGCGCUCGCCGUGGAACUCGCGCGCCACCAGAACGGCGACCUCAAGAAGCAGCUCCACGAGAGGCAGCCGCGGAUCGCCGCGCUCAGCGACAAACAAGUAAGCGAGCUGGAGCUGUCCCCCACCCCGCGCUGCGGGACGAGGGUCGCCGGGCACUGGGGCGGCACCCUACAAAGUGCCGGCCUCGGCGCCGCACGCUCAGACUCCCAAACGAGUCUGUCUCCAGCCUCAGAGCUACCCGCCCCUCCUUUUCUGGAAAGAAAGAGCCGGGUUCUCGGAGGCCGAGCGGGGAGCGCGCGGCUCCGGCAGUGGUCGAAGGAGAGAGGCUGCGCUUAA